AUGGCCACGCCCGACAGGAGAGUGGUCUCCAGACCCCGGGGACCUGGCUGGGGGCACCAGGGGAGCGGGGCCUGCCUGGGCUCCCUGGACGACCUGCCGCGUGAGGGGACCCAGGAGCUGGCACCAGCACAGCUGACCAUGCUGAGGAAGGCACAGGAGUUCUUCCAGACCUGUGAUGGCGAGGGCAAGGGCUUCAUCACCAGGAGGGAUAUGCAGAGGCUGCAUGAGGAGCUGCCCCUCAGCCUGGAGGACCUGGAGGAUGUGUUUGAUGCCCUGGAUGCUGACGGCAAUGGCUUUCUGACCCCAGCGGAGUUCACCACUGGAUUUAGUCACUUCUUCUUCAGCCAGAAGAAGCCGAGUGAGGAAGAUGGAGCUGAGCACCUGGCCCAGCUCCAGGAAGAGAAGGUGUAUCAGACCAGAGGGUGUGAGGACCUGGGUGACAUGGACGAAGAUGAGGAAGGCCAGUUCCAGAUGCUGAUGGACAGGCUUGGCGCCCAAAAGGUUUGGCAAGAUGAAAAUGACGUCAAGCAACUCUGGCUGCAGCUGAAGAAGGACGAGCCUCACUUACUGUCCAACUUUGAGGAUUUCCUGACCAGAAUCUUCUCACAGCUCCUAGAAGCCCACGAGGAGAAGAAUGAGCUGGAGUGCGCCCUGAAAAGGAAAAGUGCUGCCUAUGAUGAAGAGAUCCAGCACCUCUACGAGGAGAUGGAACGGCAAAUCAAAAGCGAGGAAGAGCAGUUUCUCCUGAAGGACACGGAGAGGUUCCAGGCGUGCAGUCAGGAGCUGGAACGGAAGCUGUUCUCCAAGGAGCAGGAACUGGAGCGGCUCAUCCAGAAGCAGAAGCGGCUGGAAGGCCAGUGCACCGCCCUGCACAAUGACAAGCACGAAACCAAGGCUGAGAACACCAAGCUGAAACUCACCAACCAGGAGCUGGCCGGGGAGUUGGAGCGGACAUCUUGGGAGCUGCAGGAUGCCCAGCAGCAGCUGGAAAGCCUCCAGCAAGAGGCCCGAAAACUCCACCAGGAGAAGGAGAUGGAAGUGUACCGCGUCACGGAGAGUCUGCAGCGGGAGAAGUCAGGGCUCCUGAAACAGCUGGAUUUCCUAAGGGAAAGGAACAAGCAUCUUCGGGAUGAACGGGACAUAUGUUUUCAGAAAGACAAGGCAGCCAAGGCAAACACAGCUGCUUCCAAGGCAAGCCAGAAGCAGCGAUCUGGCUCUGUGAUCGGCAAAUACGUGGAUGGCGGAGGGGUGCUCAGAAGCCAGUCAGAGGAGGAGGAAGAUGUGUUUGGCAUCCUGCGGAGGAGAAGCUCCCUGGGCCUGAGUGAGCACCCCCUUACAGAAGAGGGGCUGGGGACCGGGGGUCUGCUCCCCCGGCCGCUCCGCAGAAUCAUCUCCAUUGAAGAGGACCCGCUGCCCCAGCUGCUGGGGGGCGGCUCUGAGCAGCCACUGGGCCAAUGCCCGGAAGAAGGGGAGGCCUCCGACCAGGGGGCGGAGGGACAAAUCGGGCCGUCCCGACCUCUGGAACUCAUGCCUGCGUCUCCCCGAGGGCAGCCCGUCGGAAAAGAGACCCCGUCUAAGGAGGAAGGCUCUGUGUCCACCCCAGACCGGCUCUUCAAGGUCGUGUUUGUGGGCAAUUCCUCCGUGGGGAAGACGUCCUUCCUGAGCCGGUUCUGCGACGGCAAGUUCUCCCCGGGUUCAGCAGCCACCAUGGGCAUCGACUACCGCAUGAAGACCGUGCGUGUGGACGACUCGCGGGUGGCCCUGCAGCUGUGGGACACGGCGGGGCAGGAGAGGUAUCGCUGCAUCACCCAGCAGUUCUUCCGCAAGGCCGACGGCGUCGUGGUCAUGUACGAUCUCACAGCCAGGCGGUCCUUCCUGGCCGUGCGGCCGUGGCUGAGCAGCGUGGAGGAAGCUGUGGGAGACCGCAUUCCCGUUCUUCUGCUGGGCAACAAAGUUGACAACGAGAAGGAGCGGGAAGUGCCGCGGGGCCUGGGAGAGCAGCUGGCCAAGGAGCACAACCUGAUCUUCUACGAAUGCAGUGCCUAUUCCGGUCACAACACCCAAGAGUCCGUGCUCCAUCUGGCCAGGAUCCUCAAGGAACAAGAAGACACAGUGAGGGAGGACACCAUCCAGAUUGACCGCCCCGCCAAGAAGAAAGCCUGCUGCGGCUGA